CCUGCUACACGCCAUUCAGCAUAAAGUUAGAAUUCAGGUUUUCUAUCCUCGUAUUGGAUGGCCAUUAUACCAUGUGGAAUCACUUUUGGUGCCCAGUGGAGUAUUCGUCCUCAGUUUAUUAUAAGUCCUUAUGUCCCAAACCGAGUAAUGGCAGCCAAAUUGAGAGUCACAAGAACAGUGAGUAACUUGGGAGCAUCAAAUUCAGGCUUAUUUUCACGUGAUUCCUUACCAUUGUUAUCCUUCAUGAGGUCAUCUCAAUCACAUCGUAGUAGGGGAGCACGGUUCAUUGUUAGAGCUGAAACUGAUUAUUAUACUAUCCUUGGGGUGUCGAGAAAUGCAAGCAAAUCUGAAAUUAAAAGUGCUUAUCGUAAGCUUGCACGAAGUUAUCAUCCGGAUGUGAACAAAGAUCCAGGGGCAGAGACAAAGUUCAAGGUAAUUAGCAAUGCAUACGAGGUAUUGUCUGAUGACGAGAAGCGACCUCUAUACGACAAAUAUGGGGAGGCUGGGCUUAAAGGUGCUGGUAUGGGAAUGGGGGAUUUCAGCAAUCCUUUUGAUCUGUUUGAGUCGCUAUUUGAAGGCAUGGGUGGUAUGGGCAUGGGCAUGGGCGGACGAAGUGCCAGGAAUAGAGCUGCUGAUGGCCAGGAUGAAUAUUACAGUCUUGUAUUGAAUUUUAAGGAAGCGGUGUUUGGAGUUGAGAAAGAAAUUGAGAUAACCCGACUAGAAAGCUGUGGAACUUGCAAUGGUUCUGGUGCAACAACUGGAACAACACCAUCCAAAUGUACCAUAUGUGGUGGGCAAGGCCAGGUUAUCUCAUCUGCAAGGACUCCACUGGGGGUCUUCCAGCAGGUAAUGACAUGCUCUUCAUGUGGCGGGACGGGCGAAAUUUCUACCCCAUGCAGUACAUGUACUGGUGAUGGGCGGGUAAGGAGAACAAAGAGGAUUAGCUUGAAAGUGCCUGCUGGUGUGGACUCUGGUAGCCGUUUAAGGGUCCGGUCUGAAGGAAAUGCUGGAAGGAGGGGUGGGUCCCCUGGUGAUCUGUUUGUAGUCAUUGAAGUCAUCCCAGACCCUGUCCUAAAACGGGAUGAUACCAACAUAUUGUACACCUGCAAGGUGUCAUAUAUAGAUGCAAUACUGGGAACAACAAUCAAGGUUCCAACUGUGGAUGGUAUGGUUGAUUUGAAGAUACCGGCCAGAACCCAGCCAAACACCACCCUCGUAAUGGCCAAGAAAGGAGUUCCUGUUCUAAAUAAAACCAACAUUAGGGGUGAUCAGUUGGUCCGUGUCCAAGUUGAAAUUCCAAAAAGAUUGAGCAGUGAAGAGAGGAAGCUUAUCGAGGAGCUUGCCGACUUAAGCAAGGGUAAGACAGCAAGUGGCAGGAGAUAAUUUCUGGGCCCUUUUGGUGUGCGCUAUUUGCCACGAAAUCGUAUGCACCGUCUAGUGUCUGUGGCUUCUGAUGUCGGAACUACCACUACAUGCAAAUGCACACAUUGCAGUUCUGAAAAUGCUUGAACUACGAAAGCUGAAAGCAGCUAAAUUUUGGAGUAGUAGGUAAGGUAAGAUUAUAUUGUGAUAGUUUUGCCCCAUAAAAAUGAAUCUCGGUGGAAACAGGGAGGUGUAAGAAGAGAUGGACUUUAGUGAUAAAUCCCUGGUUGAUUGCAGUCAUUUAUUAGCCAUUCUUUGAGAUUGAACUAAAAUCUGCGAAACAAUGUUACCCUUCAGUUUUGUCUUUUCUAUUAUUAGGAAUGAAUGAAUGAAUGAUGAUGAAACUUCCCUCGUAUAUUUGGAC